GAAAAGAAAAGUCCGGACGUUGACUCAUAUCUCUGCUUUUCCCGCUAUGCCCUUUUCUCUCAUCACUAUUUACUGAAAAACCACCAAAUUUCUUUCUCAAAGUUCUCAGCUGAGCUUACCAUCAGUUCCCAAACCUUGGCCGAGGCAAGGGAGUGAAAAUGACAGCAGAAGAAGCAGCGGGUCCGCCCGGCCCCAAAGUCCUCCGCCUCCUCAUCUUCGUCGGCGCCGGAUUUCUCUUUACCAUCGGAAUUAACAAAUGGCGAGAGCUAGAGCGAAAAUCGAUUCAACAACGACAAGAAAUUCAUCAGCAACAGGAAAUUUUAAGUUCUGCUAAUGCUGCAACUAAACCCAUCAAAUAAUCUCUCAGGUUUUUAAUUUUGAAAAAAAA